AUGACUCCCAAUACUGGGAGAGCAAGUGGCGAUGUCAACAGCGAUGACUAUGUAGCCCAAGUUCUUGCAAGGGAGGCGCGGAAUAACUCAUUGAAGUAUUCCACGCAAGGCUUAGGGGCUUAUUUGCCGAAACGUUGCGCGACCAAGCAGCGCACGACUCCAAAAGGAGUCGACAUCAUCGACAACCUACGUCAGACAAUCGAGAUUCACGACGAGAAAGGAAAGAUGAUCGCUCUGAAAGAUACCGUUCGCACCGAAGGAGACAUAGAAGCCGUUCAACAUCAGCGGACAGAGAACGUUCCACAUGAGACUACCGACACUCGCAAAGAGUCAUCAUCAUUCCUUACACCUACCCCUCAGGAUGGAGGUGAAUCGGACCCUCUGGAGGAUCUUGUGGGUCCUCUCCCCCCGAAGGAGGAUGGCUUUGGCAGUAGUCCACCAAUCCGCUCUCGUGGUAGAGGUGCUUACAAACCCAAUUCGAGUAAUAUUGAUGCCCAUUUCGCUCCCGACUAUGACCCUUCAUUGGAUGUUCAAUUAGAGGAAGCCGGUCCGUCUACGAAAAACACAUCCUUUCGCCGUCCAGUUUCUGGACUUAUGACAGAAGAUGACGACUGGGAACUUGCCCUUGAGGCGCUCCAUGAUCGAGCGCGCUGGCGGCAGAAAGGCGAGGAGAGGUUGCGCGAGGCUGGAUUUAAUGAUUCCUUUGUAGAAAGGUGGAAGAGCAAUACUACCUCAGCAACAGCACACGACUCCGAGGGUAGACUAGAAGAUGUGAAGUGGUCGAAGAAAGGGGAAGGCCGAGAGUGGGACCGAGGAAAGUUUGUUGAUAAAGAAGGGCAUAUUGAUGUCAAGGCCUCUUGGUAG